CCACUUUUUGAUUUCUCAGACGAUGACUUCUCAGAAGCGUCCUCGUGAAGACGAUCUGGACGACGACAACGGAGCAGAGCGCCGCGUUCGAUUCGCUGCAGAUCAAGCCGAGCACGAGCAGGACGACGCUGCGCCGCCGGACCACACCGCUGCACAUGGACGACUGCACCGACUGAGCCAUGCGACGGAAGACGAGGCGGACGACGGGCGAGCGCGGUACCAGCACCGCGGAUUGCGAGCAGGGCAGAUUGACAACCCGGACGAGCGCGAUCGUGGCGACGGCGACGACGACGACGACGACGGCGAGGAAGACGGCGACGACGAGCAGGCAAUGAAGCGCUACUACUUGCAGGAGGCGCAUCUGCUCGGGCAGCGCGAAUCGAUGGCCGAGGGCGUCAGUAUUGGCGGCACAGGCGUCCGGUUUACGCCGUUCAACCUCGACGACGAGAUGGCUGAGGGUGAUUACGACGAGCAAGGCAACUACUCUGUGAAGAAGCGGGACAAGGACGAGGAAAACGACGCCUGGGCUGACAGCGUGGAUUGGCAAGGGUUGGCGGCCAAAGAGCAGGCCCGCAAGUCCAAAAAGGGCAACCAACGCAACAACAAAUCGGAGGACGAUCGAAAUCCUGUCGGUGAUGUGCUGAUGAACGACGACAAUGACGAGCGGGAUCCUCUACAAGUUGCAGCGGCCAAGCGACAGCGCAAGGAGGCGCAGAAGAGCAAGGAGAGCUCAGACGAAGAGAGCGCCGCUGAAAGCGAGGACGACGAGGAUGCCGCGGCACGUCCAUCGGCAACGCAGCUGCUCGAGCGGUUGUUGCAAUUCCUAGAGCCCGGAGAAACUGUGGCGGCAGCUCUGCGACGCCUUGGUGGCAAGAAUUCUGCAACCGCCAAAAAGAAGCAUUACAGCGACAAGGCUAAACAGGCCGCCGUCUCGCAAGAAGCAAAAGCCUCCGCUGCCGAGCAAAAAGGCCGCAUGCUCGAAUUGAUCGAGACAGCCCAUCAGCUCGUUGCGAGCGGGUAUACGAACGUGUACGAUGAUACCAUCGAUACAAUCCAGCAUCAGCUACAGCAUGGCCACGCUCCUGAUUUCGGGCAGAGUGCCGAUGGCUCGGAAGAGUCAAAGGAUGCCGGCCAGCCAGCGCAGGAGGCCGUGGCAAACCCUCCUGCUCAAGCCCCGCCGACCUUAUCCGACGAGGUCCACUGGGAGUACAAGAUGCAGAAUACCCCUGACGCUGACGUGCACGGGCCAUUCGCCAACUCGCAAAUGAUGGAGUGGAAGGACGCUGGGUACUUUGACAGUCAGCCCGUCUUUGUUCGCAAGUAUGUUGCUGGCGGUGACAACUCUGCUGCGUACAAUUCAGUUGCUCGCGUUGAUUUUGAUUUGUAUUCUUGAACAACGAAUGACAAAGAGAGUUCCAUUGCAACA